CCUGGCUUCCUGGAGGAACCAGAGUCUCUUUCACUUUCAAAGAAUACAUUUGCUUGCUGAGGAGCCUUGGGCAGUGACACGGACAUCAGUGAGCUCCAUAGAAGAGCAGGUUCCAAUCAAACACCAUUUUGCAACAAAGAAAUGGCUGGCAGAGUCAAGGAUCCACUGACCUCCUUGGAGCAACAACAGAUGGGUGUCGUGGAGCAGUAUGGGCCAAAGCUGCACACUCAGGCAUUAUCUGAGGAACCUAUCAACACAAGAGCAGCUCAGUCCCAGAAGGCAAGUGACACAAAGGAGGCUCAACAUAAGGGUCAACAGGGCUUGGACCCCUCCUACCACACAUGGGAACCAUUGUUCAUGGAAUUCCAGGGACCCCUUUCCCCGUCAGAGGAGGACUUAAUGCAAAGACAUUCUUCCUCCUUUCUCGGUCCCAGAAGCACAGUUAACAUAGAAAUCCCUAGCCUGCCCCACUUCAUGGAACUACAGAGCCAUAAAUCUUGGAGACAUUCUCAAAUGCCAAAAAAAGAAAUUGUUAAAUCUGAUGAGCCUGAAUGCAGAAGCAGAGAAAUACAUCAGAAUGAAGAGAGAGAGAAUCUUUACCACACAGAGUCCUGGAAAACAAAGGAUUUGCUCCAAAAUUUUACACAGCUAUUACUUCUACAAAAAUCUUUUCCAAGAGGCUGGGAGACCUUGGCCAGAAAAAGCUGGCAUCAAUGUAGAAGAGAGCAGAGAGGACUUCUGAUUGAGAUCCAAGACUUAUUUAAGCCAAACCCGGAUACCCAGGAAGAGCCUCAACUAGUCAUAUUAGAGGGGGCUGCUGGGAUUGGGAAGUCAACGCUGGCCAGGCAGGUGAGGAGAGCAUGGGAGGAAGGCAAGCUCUACAGGAAUCGCUUCCAGCAUGUCUUCUACUUCAGCUGCAGAGAGCUGGCCCAGUACAAGCAGCUGAGUCUGGCUGAGCUCAUAGCAAAAGACCAGACUGUGCCUGCAACUCCCAUCAAGAAGAUCCUGUCUCAGCCGGAGAAGCUGCUCUUCAUCUUGGAUGGCAUAGAUGAGCCAGCAUGGGUCUUGGGAGAGAAAAAUCCCAAGUUCUGUGUGCACUGGAGCCAUCCACAGCCUGUGCACACACUGCUGGGCAGUUUGCUGGGGAAAUCCAUCCUGCCUGGGGCUUCCUUGCUGCUCACAGCUCGGACCAUAGCUCUGCAGAAGUUCAUCCCUUUCUUGAGGCAGCCACGUUGGGUGGAAGUCCUGGGCUUCUCCAAGUCUGGACGGAAGAAAUAUAUCUACAAAUAUUUCACAGAGAAAAGAGAAGCAAUUGAAGCUUUUAGCUUGGUUAAAUCAAACCCAGUGCUCUCGACACUGUGUGUGGUACCCUGGGUGUCCUGGCUGGUCUGCACUUGCCUGAAGCAGCAGAUGCAACAGAGAGGAAACCUCUCACUGACCUCACAGACCACCACAGACCUCUGCCUGAAAUACCUUUCCCAAAUUCAUCCAGGUCAUGUCUGGGGGACCCAGCUCCGAAGGCUCUGCUCACUAGCUGCAGAGGGGAUCUGGAGAAGAAGGACACUGUUUAGUGAAUUCGAUCUCUACAUGCAAGGGUUGUCUGAGUAUGUCGCUGCCCAUUUCGUGAAGAUGGGUGUCCUUCAAAAGCAGCCCAGCUCUAUGAGUUACAGCUUUGCCCACUUGUAUCUCCAGGAGUUCUUUGCAGCAAUGUACUGCAUCUUGGAGAGUAAUGUGCAGAGUCGUAGUUAUAUGUAUGUCUACAGAAUUGUGAAAUUACUGAAGGAAGACUAUGGAAGGCGAAAUCUGUUUGAGGCACCCUUUGUGCGCUUCCUAUUUGGUCUUUUAAGUGAAAAGGGAAUGAGAGAGAUGAAGAAGAUCUUUGCCUGCUGGUUGCCUUGGGAGACAAAGUGGUACCUGCAACAGUAUAUCCUAGAGGAAAUCCAAUGCCAUCAACCAUAUUCUCUGGGUUUAUUCCAUUGUCUGUAUGAGAUUCAGGAUGAACAUUUCCUGACAGUUGUUAUGCACAAUUAUCAAGGAACAAGGGUACACUCCCCAGUGGAUAUGGAACACCCAGUUUUCCUGACAAACAUGAAGUACCUUUUGGUCCAGACAGACGUGGAGCUCAUGGUGGUCACUUUCUGCAUUAAGUUCUGCAACCAUGUGAAAAGGCUUCAGCUGAAUGGGAGUGGACAGCAGAGACAAAUGCCGAUGGCCCCCAGGAUGCUUCUGUUCCGGUGGACCCCAAUCACUAAUGCCAGUUGGCAGAUUCUCUUCUCCACUCUUGAGUUCACAGGAAACCUGAAGGAGCUAGAUCUAAGUGGAAAUCCACUGAGUUACUCCGCAGUACAAAGUCUUUGUAGGACCCUGGGAUGCCCUGGAUGUCGCCUUAGGACAUUGUGGCUUGUCAACUGUGGUCUCACAUCCAACUACUGCCUGGCCCUGGCUUCAGUGCUCAGGGCAGGCUCAAGCCUGGCUGAGCUAGACCUGCAGCUGAAUGACCUGGGAGACCAUGGUGUGAGGCUGCUGUGUGAGGGGCUCAGGAGUCCUGCCUGCAAACUCAGAAUCCUGCGGCUGGACCAGGACCCUCUCAGUGAUGAGGUGAUGAUGGAGCUCAGGACUCUGGUGACAGAGAAUCCACAGAUGCUCAUCUUCAGCACAUGGAAGCCACAUGAGAUGGUCCCUAAUAAGAACCCGGAUGGAGAAGAAAUGGUUGAUAGCCUGACCUCAUUCAAGCAUCAGAGACUACAGUCAGAACACAAGCACAUGGAACCACUGGGGACUGAAAAUGACUUCUGGGGCCCUACAGGGCCUGUGGCUACAGAGGUGGUUGACAAAGAGAGGAACCUGUACCGAGUUCAGUUCCCUGUGCCUGGUUCCUACCACUGUCCCAACACAGGACUCCGCUUUGUGGUGACAAGGGCAGUGACCAUCGAGAUUGGAUUCUGUUCCUGGAGCCAACACCUGGACAAGACUCCCUUGCAGCACAGUCACAUGGUAGCUGGGCCUCUGUUUGACAUCAAGGCUGAGCAGGGAGCUGUGACUGCUGUGUACCUCCCUCAUUUUGUGGCUCUCCAAGAGGGACAGGUGGACAUCUCCUGGUUCAGUGUGGCCCACUUUCAAGAACAUGGGAUGGUCCUAGAAACUCCUGCCAGAGUGGAGCAGUACUGCACAAUCUUAGAAAACCCAAGCUUCUCCCCAAUGGGAAUUCUACUGAGAAUGAUCCCUGCUGUCAGACACUUCAUCCCCAUCACUUCCAUCACAUUGAUCUACUAUCACCUCAAUCUGAAGGAAGUCACCCUUCAUCUCUACCUAAUUCCCAAUGACUGCACCAUUCGGAAGGCCAUUGAUGAUGAAGAAAUGAAAUUCCAAUAUGUUCGAAUAAACAAGCCACCCCCAGUAGAGUCUCUUUAUAUUGGCUCCCGCUACACAGUGUCUGCUUCUAAGAAGCUGGAAAUCAUCCCAAAGGAACUGGAGCUGUGCUACAGGAGCCCUGGGGAAUCCCAGCUCUUCUCUGAGAUCUAUGUUGGUCACAUGAGUUCAGGGAUUAAGCUCCAAAUCAAAGACAAGAAGCAUAAGAAUCUCAUUUGGGAAGCCUAUCUGAAACCAGGGGACCUCAGACCUACACCGCCCAUGAUCCCUGCAACACACAAAGCCCUAGAUGCUGCUGCCUUGCCACACUUCCUGGACCAGCAUCGAGAGCAGCUGGUGGCCCGAGUGACAUCAGUGGACUCUCUCUUGGACAAGUUGCAUAGUCUAGUGCUGAGUGAAGAGGAGUAUGAGGUGGUGCGGGCUGAGGCCACCAACCAAAACAAGAUGAGGAAGCUCUUCAGCCUCAGUAGGUCCUGGAGCUGGGACAGUAAAGACCAAGUCUAUCAAGCUCUGAAGGAGACACAUCCUCACCUGAUCAUGGACCUCUAUGAGACGUCAAGAAGUUUCUCUGUGAGAUCCUGACAUCUUAGUGGCUGAGGGGUGAGCACUCAAAUGAUUCCUGACUCUGCCUAACUUCCUUUGGCUACUAAAUCUAUAAACCAGUGGUCUUCUCAGUGGCCUUUCUGAUGGCAGAGUUUCCAGGACACCUCUUAGGGAACCAGAUGUUCCCUCUUGACCUUCCCCAGCCAGAUGUUCAUGUGGGAUGAGCAUCUCAGGAAACUUCCAAUGGAGCCAGCAAUCUAUUCAAGUCUUGUUCAGCCUGCUCAUAAUACAAGCAGGACUGGAGAGUAUGGAAAUGGAGAUGAUGAGAUGGUACUUUCCCUGGAAAGUGAAUAUCUAAUGAAUAGGAAAGGAAGGGGGUCUUCUCAAACAUUUCCUACCCUCAAAACCUUUUUCCAAAUAAUUUUUAUGUGACUCUGGAUAUGUAGAUAUAUAAGUAUAUAAAUCAAACAUUUUUACUAAAAAUAAAUCUUAAAGAAAUUUAUUAUAAACAAGGCUUUGUUGUAAUAUAAUUUUACCAUUUGUUAAAAAUGACAGCAAAUUUUCACACUAAUGAAAAGCAUGUAUUUGUUUAUUUUGCAUAAGGAAUUAAACCUUGAUUGAAUAUUUGAUGCUAUAAGAUGUUGGGAAUCUUCAGUGUCUCUCAGAGUUGGUGGAUAUUUUGCAUCUCUCAUGCUUUACACAGAUGUGCAGUGCACAUUCCAGAAGCUGGUGGAAAUCCUGUCCUAAUCCCAAGGCAAAAUUCACUUAGCAUCUCUUUAUGUAACUCAAGUCAACAACUCAAAACACAAACUUGUAAAACCAAAUGUUCUCAUAUAAUACAAUGCAAAGAUAUGCUAAUCCAAUUGUUACAUGCUAGAGAAUAAAAAUGGGAAUAUAUUUAAAUUUUUACAUUCCGUAAUUAAGGUAUCAUGUUUCUCUGAGCAUAGAAAAUCUCCUAUAUACAGGGAAAAUGCUGUAAUCCCAGCCAACAAUAGCUUAGACUCUGAGCCAAGGUGUUUCAGGAGCAUCAUAGGCAUUGUGUGGUGUGUAGGCUAAAGCAGUACUAGUAUUCAUGUUGUGUGCUCAGAACUACAGGUAUGGGGAAGUCACAUGAUGUAACAUGACUCAUGCUGUCAGAAACACCACAGACUCAGUGCACAUUGAAUUAACCUUGGCCAUUGCAUGUGCACAAACCUGUUGUUCUUGUCAAUAUUUCCCAAUCCCACAUUUAGUUAAGUCAUCCCGUAUGGAGGUGGGAUUCACAGCUUGAGAAACUCAUGUACAAUGGUAAAAAGGUGGGGACCAGAAGGCUCGGUGGCUAAGAGCUGCUCCUGUAGAAGAUCGGAGUUCUACUCCCAGAACCCACAUCAGGCAGCUCACACCUGUAACACCAACUCCAUGUGGAGGAAUUCAUGGCACCCACACACAGGUGCACACUCAAAUACACAUACACAAAAACAUGUACAGAAGUAGGCACACACAAACACACAAAUAAUUCUUUUAAUUUUUAUAAAACAAUAACAAAAUGGGAUUCCUCUCCACUGCUCACCUAUCUACCAGAGUAGGACUUGAGACUUAGUAAGGCUGUGUGUUUGCCACAAGGGUAGGCCUGCCUGUCUCUAUCCCCAGGCCACCCAGUUUCCUUCUGGAUCAAGCUUCUGCUCCCCUCCCAGCCAGACCCAUGGCCAGAGCUAUUAGCCUGGCUUCUCAGUGUGUCCCAUCUUUUCCUCUGGGCUCUGCAGGUGUGCUAGCUCUGCCUGUGUGAAUCUAUGGACCUCUUCCUCUCUUUCUUUCUUGGAAUACAGUAUUUUCCUUAUUCUAACCUCUGCCCUUUACUGCAUUACAGGCAGGCAGCUUCUCCCCAGACUUCUUACCCAGAAUCCUCCAGGGUUUUAUUUGACAAGAGAUAAUUCCAAGUUUUAACCUAUAUUUAUUUCAUCAGGAGUUUAGAAAUAACUUUAAACUAAACAAAUUGGGUAAUUACAAGUGAAGUUAAGGUUUUAUUUGUAUGUUUGCUUGUUUUUCAAGACAGGGUUUCUCUGUAUAGCUCUGUCUUUCUGAGAAAUCACUCUGUAGACCAGGCUGACCUCGAACUCAAGAGAUCUGCCUGUCUCUCCCUCCCAAGUGCUGGAAUGAAAAACCUGUGCCACUACACCCAGCCUGAAGUCAGGGUUCUUAAAUGUGUAUGACAGAUGAAAACACAGGGGUUAUUUGUAAAUAAGUGAAAAUGCUAAAAUAUCAAUAGCUAAAUAUAAAUUUCUAGGCAACCCAUGCCUCCUUACUGAUGCAGUUAGAAUGCUCUAAGGAAAAAAGCCAUGACAGAACAGACUCUGUGUCUGUCAAACUGACACAGUCUCCAUAAACGAGUCUUCAACAUGGCUCCUCUGGAGGACAUGUUACCUGGACAGUGCUUCCUUCAAGGUGUGGCAGCCAUGAUUGGUCUGGCCUGUGUAUCAGCUAGUGAAUGAGCCCAGACCUCUGAAUUUUUUCACCUCCAUCUUACAACAAGCCCAAAUGGGGCUUUCCAACAUGUCAGACUGCAGGAAAACACUCGAACCUUCGCAAGAUGGACAAUGUCAGCUCAAACCAACAGAACCCCUUAUAAGGGCAAGGGCAGAGUUUACAUAAACACCAAACUCUAGCAGUCUGAGCCUGGGGUCCCCUCUGCUACUUGCACACUAGGUGGCACAGGGAAUAAAUGUUUCCCUCGAUUCUGGGGCAGACAGCUUGGUGAGAGAGGUUGGGGCAACUUCAGCGGAAGGGUCCAUGCAAA